AUGGAACCCUACUUUCGUCCUACUGACGACGGCCCUACGCCGGACUGGCACCCUGUGUCGAAAGAGUCUCUCAUAGAGCCCCAGGUCGAGACAAUCACCGUCAGGAUUCGCUGCCUUGAGUCGUGGGAGGAGCUUUGGGUUGAGCUUAAUCGCGACUGUAUCGAUACGAAGAACGACCCCCGGCGGCCGCGGGCUCAAGACGCCCAGCUCAAAGUAACAGCUAGCGGGGCGUUUCUCACGGUUCAGGAGUAUGUCUCCGCUGUGCACCCAUGGCUUAUGGGUAUGCGCGAGAGGCUCCUAGACGCCUUAGGUAAUAUCUAUGACAGGCCGUCAGCCGAGACGAAACUGGCUGUUCUGCAAUUUGGCGUUGGGCCGCUGAGCAUUGGCUAUGUGGAUAGGUGGGCUUACUGGCAUAGAAAGUCUGAGCCGGUAGCUAGGUUAAGCGAGGUAGAGAGAGAGGAGGCCUCGCGGAAAGUUAUGGAGAGGUAUAAGGCGAGAUCUGCGGAACGAGUUCGCGAGUUAGAAAGGCUUCGCCAAGAGAAUAACUAG